GUGGUGCUGCAGAGGAAGCCACGGAGCGGUUCCUGGCGGGGAUCGAGCCCAGGUUUGACCAUGUGCUGCAGGAGAUGAAGCGAGGUACCGGAGUGGAGGUUGGUUGCCAGCGGGCCCUGGAAAAGCCCAUGACUGAUCUCGAGGAGAAUCUCAAGGGCUUCCUGAAGGAGGUGUUGAGCGCGGAGUCCGAGAUGCGGAAGCUUCAGAACGAGGCCCAUGAGGCGAAAUCCAACCUGGCGCAGUGCAAGCAGGAGCUUGAGCAGACUCGCACCAAGUUUGCGACCGAGGUCGCCCAAACCAG